AGCUUCUUAGAUGAGGCCACUGUCACCUCCCGAAGGCCCACUACCAUUAGCUUUCAGUGUGUGGACGUAGGGUUAGGAAGGGAGAGUUGAGGGAGGGUCUCUGUAUGCAGCCUAGGCUGGCCUCAACCUUAGGAUUUGUUUGUUUGAGACAGAGUGUCACUGUGUAGCCCAGGACAUCUAGAAUUCCCUUUGUAGACCAGGCGGGACUCAAACUCAAGAGAUUUGCUUGCUUCUGUCUCCCAAGUGCUUCAAUUAAAGGUGUACACCACCACACUUGGGAGAUAGCCUCAAACUGUUGAGCCUUCUGCCUCAGAAGGCUCUCCUUCUGAGUAAUGGGAUUGUGAAUGUGCACACCUGCCGCACGACUCUUUCACAGACGGCCUGAGCCGCUAGUGGACAUUUCUAGCUGUCAGGGUGAUCGUUUUAUGACGGCAUUCAUCGUCUGUGUGAACGUCUUAUAGCCCAGCCUCUAUUCUCCACUGCACUUUCUUGUUCCCAUCAUCUCUACAAGCGUCUUCUGGUACUUAGGCAAAGGAGCCAACAGGAGAGUUUGGUUCUCGGACGUGCCACCAGAGGGCGCUGCCCGCAGCGGACACUGAAGAGCCUCAUGGCAUAGCCCAAGGAAUAGCAGGGAGCUAAUCUGUUCUUAGCCUCAGUUAACAUUGGCUCUUAAAAGUCACCCAAACUCGGGCAAAACUACUCGAAAGCGCAUAGAAUUUUCCACUGCAGCCAGGAGAAUCUUGAUAUUAAAAGGAUUUCGAAGCUUUCUAAGAAGACAGAAAAGAACAUAUAGCAUGACGUUGCACAGGCAAUCAUCUGUAUGCCCACAGAAGCUCUCCACCUCCCCGCUGGGGGCCACAUGCACCUAGACUGGAGUUCACUCGCCACACUUCCUAUUUGGGUGGCAUUGGCUGGCCCAGCCCCUCUGAAUCUCCUUUGUCAACAACAACCGUGUCAGCUCACCAGGCUUUGCUCAGGGUUAAAGUUCACACUAUUGGGGGAGUUUCCAAGUUGGCAUAGUUCCAGGGCCGACAGUAUAUAUAGGGCAGCCUAGAGUCCUUGGGGCCAGAGGUUGGGGACGGCUCCCUGGGCCUCUCUGGAUAUUUCUGCUACUCUUUGCUCUCUUUCCGAGUGGCUCCCUUUGCCCUGCGAGUGGAGUGGGCUCCUUUCUGGCCCUAGGAGGUCUGAAAGCUACACCAGCCCCUGCGCGCCCCACGCAGGCCCCAGUGUUAAUCAACCCAUAGUAGCUCCUGACAGCUCAGGCCCUUGUAGCACCCCCAGUGCUCAGGACCCUGUGGGGGAAAGGAUGCUGGCAGGUCACAGAGACAGCGCAAAGGGUGAGGAGAACCUUCCAGGAGCCGUCCCAGAUCCUAGUGUCAACCAGACGAUUGCGCAAGGAAUGGAUACCUUACAUCGCCUUCAAUAUCUUUACCGAGAGCUGGCCGAAGUGUAUGAUGAUAUGCCCGUGACAGAUGAUGGCAUCAUCGAGUGUCUAUGCUCCAUUUCUGAGAAGAAGAAGAUGAAGGCGGCUGUCAAGCACUAUAAAAGUUGUGCCUUUUGUGGGGCAGUAUUUCCCAUAGUCGGAGCCUUUCUAGGUGGCCCACCAGGAAUAGCUAUUGGAGGGGCCAUUGGGAGCCUGGUAGGAGCCCAUGUGAUAACAGGACGGUUUAAACCAGUUUCUCAGAUUUUAAAGAAGCUGUCCCCUGCUGAAAAGCAGAACCUUGCUAAGGAAGCCUCUGCCAUCGUUGGGAACUUUUACUUGACAGAUACUGAGAAGCGGAGUUUUCAGGACCUACGGAAGAAGCUCUUGACCAUGCUAACAAACUAUAUCACCAAGGAGCUGCAUGCUGAGAUCAGAUAUGGUGACUAGGUCAUUCCCCCUGGGGAAAAGAGUCAAUUGCCAAACAAUCUCCCCUCCUCUAGGUUUGGCAAACCUGGGUUUCUCCCAUGUGAUUCUGGUUGGCCUCAAACUCAUGGUCUUCCUGCCUCAGUCCCUUGAGCUCUGAGAGUACAGGCAGGCCUUCCCAAGCCAAGACAAAUACAGGGUUUUUUUUGUUUGUUUGUUUGUUUUUGUUUUGUUGUUGUUGUUAGAAGUCUUUAACUUCUUAUUGUCUCUGUUUUUUUGUUUGUUUAGGUUUUUUGUUUUUGUUGUUUUUUAAUUUUUUUUUUGAGACAGGAUCUCAUGUAGCCCAGGCUAGCCUACAACUCUACAUAACCAAAGAUGAUCUUAAACUCUUCAUUCUCCAGCCUCCAUGACUGCCAAGUGUAGGGAUUACAGAGGUUGACCUUUAUGUCAGGCUUCAGUAAAUAUUUUUGGAAGUCAUUGUUUUGAAAUCACUUUCCAGGGGAUUCCUCCAGGAAGGAAACAUAUGACAAAAGAGACCUAGAAUUCAGUUUCAAGCUUUUUGAAGCCACUGGCCGCUAGCCACGGAAACUAGAGUUUGGCCUGGCAUCCCUAGAACCCAGAGCCCUGGUCGGAGCACCGUGUGGUGCCCCAGUUUUUACAAAGAGGUUUGAGAUAUCUAUUCACAUGAAAUAGUUUAGUCAAAUGUAUGUUAUCCCUGAAAUGGGGGGGAUCCCAACCUCAGAUAUUUCUACCCCAAGGUCUCCCCUGAUGCUGUAACCUUUCAAACUACAACCUAUCAUCAAAUUACUAAUAAAUUACUUUU